AUGAUUGUUUGCGAUGAUGACGAUGAAAACGGUCCCGAUGGCAAUAUUUUACCAGACGGUUUACAAGAGCUCACUAGUCGUUACGCAGGAAAAACGUUUACGUAUUCGACACUUUCAUCGAUAAUAACUAAUGUGAAUAUAGAAGAAAAUCUAUGUAGAUUUCGAUUUAAACCACGAAUGAUCGAUUAUUGUAAUGAUCAAUUGUUAAUUGGUGAAUUGACUCAAUUCAGAACGAUUCUUGGCGUACACAUGAUUUUUUACGAUCAAUACAAUAGUAUUGCGCUCGAUGAUGAUGGAAAUCCAAUACGAUACACAUCGUACAUUCAUGAUUUUGGACACGUAUUGAAUAUCAUACAUAAGAGAUCCUCCAUUCUCUAUAUACAAUGUCUCCUGUAUUUGCGACCCAACUCAGACUUUUCCAUGAAUCAUCUUUUCUUUCACUUCCCACAUUCAUCAUCGAAACUACCACCGGGUAAGAAGGGCACAAUCACAGGUUCAACAUCGUUCUCAAUUGAUUCCAACAUACAAAUAUACAAUGUUACUGUUCCAUGCCCCUCUGAUGGCACUUGUAUGUGGUUAUUGGAUGAUCAUAUUAUCGUUCCACAAGCGAACAUUUCUGUGACCUUAAUAUUUCAUCCCGAAGAUAUCGGCAAUCGAACCUUAUCGUACGUAACGUAUACUGCCAAUAAACCAACCAUUUUAGCAUCGCUUGCACUUUCAAUCUCACCUCACACUACAGGAAACAUAACAACCACAACUACCGCGCCCAAUCCAACGUCUACUACAGUUACAACUAACAUCAGUGAUCAGACGGUCACUUUCGAAACCACAAAGUCGAAUAUGACGCCUCCGUUUGACUCAACUGCCACAUUUGACCAGACAAGCACAGCAUCCGAUUCAGCAUCUACCGUAGACAUAGGUACCACAUCUGAUCAGCAACCCACAACGUCAAAUAUAACCCCUACGGCAGACUCAACUGCUGGAGUCCAACAGACAAUCACCACGUCGGAUGAACCUUCUACCAUAGACGCAGUUACCACGUCUGAUGUGCAAUCCACAACGUCGACUAUAUCGCCACCGGCCGACUCAACUGCUACAUUUGACCAGACAAGCACAAUAUCGGAUGCAGCAAGUACGACAGACGCAGCUACCACGUCUGACGAGCAAUCCACAAUGCCGGUCACAGCUAUCACAUCUGCUGUGACAUCGACAACGCCGGCCACAACGUCUACAUCUGGUCGAACAUCCACAACCUCUACUACGGCGAGAACUGUCACGUCUGUAGCGAUAACUACAGGAACGAGUUCGUCGACGAAAGCGACAACGACGGAACCUGUAUUAACAUGUGAAACCUGUACUAUUUGGUAUUCGAGCUUGUUGUUUUUCAACUUUAAAGCUAGGUGUGGUGAUUAUUGUGCGAAGGGUUCUCGAAAGUGUUCUAUUACGCAAGUGAAUAAUGGUAGUUGUGUGAAUUCUUUUAAUAUUGUGUAUCUUUUUGAGUUAGUUUCUGCUCAUAUAGAGAACAAUGGAUUUUGUCAGAAUAGUUCGAAUAGUUAUUGUUGUUGUAAAUGA